AUGUUCGGUUACAGUAAAGAAGCAGUUAGAGUGAAAGUCAAGAAAUGUGAAGGCAAGCUUCAACCAGAAUUAAGAAAGUUUUCAGUAGAUCCUCAGAUUACUUCUCUGGAAGUGUUACAAAGCAUUUUGGUGAAAGCAUUUGACAUAAAGUCUGAUUUUACACUUUCUUAUAGAAGUGUUGAUGAUUAUGGCCAAGAAAUAUAUUUACCUCUCUUAUCUGACUGGGACUUGGAUGCUGCUUUUCUUAAGGCACAUAAUAUAGCUAUCACUCAAAGAUCAGAGCCAUGUGUGCAAUUAAAGGUGGAUAUGAGACCUUUUGCGGAGGCAUCAGAAGAUUGGGAGCCACCAAGUGUGAGUUCUUCUACUCCACUAAUUAACCAAAGUUACAAAGAACAGUUGACAUUUGCCCCUGCUCCACAGCAAAAUGAGAAGCAAGAAACUCAAACUGGUUUCCAAGGAAUGAUCAUGAACCAGGUUGAAAAAACAUUUAACAUGGUAUCAAGAGCACUGAACCUUUAUGAAGAUCCUAACACACCGCCUAGAUCACCACUGAGCGACAUUGAGUUUAGAGCAUUCCUGGAUGCUGUGGGGCAAAUCACAAACACGUCUAAACUCAGGGAAGUUAUAUACUGUGGAGGCAUUGAUCCUAGUCUGAGAAAAGUAGUUUGGAAACAUAUCCUUAAUGUAUAUCCGGAUGGCAUGACAGGCAAGGAAAGAAUGGAUUAUAUUAAAAGAAAGGCGAACGAAUAUUAUGCACUCAGAGCUCGAUGGAAAGAUUGUAUACAAAAAGGAAUGGUUAAUCCUGACUUAGCUUAUGUGACGGGAAUGGUUCGAAAAGAUGUUUUAAGAACAGACAGACAUCACAAUUUUUACGCUGGCAGUGAUGACAAUCAAAACAUAGCAUCUCUUUUCAAUAUUUUAACGACGUACGCACUAAACCAUCCUACUGUAAGUUAUUGUCAAGGUAUGUCAGACUUGGCGUCACCACUGCUAGUGACGAUGGGUGACGAAGCACAUGCCUACAUAUGCCUGUGUGCGCUUAUGACUCGACUGUAUCCUAAUUUUCUGCUCGAUGGAGAUGCCAUGACACUUAAGUUCUCACACCUUACUGAAUCUCUCCAAGUUUAUGAUCCCGACUUCUACAACUACCUAAAAUCUCAACAAGCAGAUGACUUGCUGUUUUGCUAUCGAUGGUUACUGCUCGAAAUGAAACGCGAGUUUGCUUUUGAUGAUGCCCUUAGAAUGCUCGAAGUUCUGUGGGCAUCAUUACCACAUAAAACUCCUACAAUAGAAUUGUCGUUGAAGGAGAAAGAAUUUGAUCCUUCGAUGGAUAUAGAUGAUGAUCCACCACCUUUGAGCCCUCUUGUCAAAGCACCUAGAGAAAACGCGUAUACUAAGGUAUGCGCAAUAAGACGACAAAGCUCAAGUUUUAGUAUUGCACAGGCAAAAGCGCCAAAACUAGGAACUUCUAAAACCUUGAAUCAUAGUUUAGAUGAAAAUAUUACCCGAAAAGUGGUAGCUAAUACAUCCCUUAGACAUUCUAAAGAGUUCCAAAGUUUAGAUGACGCCGCUCUACAGCUUCAGAAGCAAAAAACAGAAAGAUGUGAAAUCGACAAACACAAAGAAAACACUGUUAAAACACCAAAAGAAUCUAAACUCCAUCGCGGUAGGAGUAUGAAAAGCGUUCCAGAACAUGAGAAAUCCCAGACACAGGAUAAUCAUGGCGCGUGGUCAAGUACAGGUAACUUGAUGAACGGGAAUUCACAUGACGAUGUAAAAGACAUACCGCUAGGAAAUCAAAUAAGACUAUUAAGGGAUAGAAUAUCCGUACACAAUAAUAAAUUCUUUUCAUCGCUUGAUAAACUUGACGACUCAGUUAGUAUAGACUCAUCCAGUAAACCAAAAGUAAAAAUGAUAAAAAACUUGAACGAGUUUUUGAAUUUUGCGACAGGUAGUAAAGUUGGAGCUGUUACCCAGGCGAAACUCCAAAGGACACAUUCCGUCAUAGAAAAAACAUCUCACAAAGAAUGUCCUAGAAUUACUCUCACAAAGACAUCUCUAGACGAUGUUAGAAUGCAACCUAUGAAAACUGAUAAAACGAACAAGUUUAAUAAUAAGACUAUUUAUUCCGAUACAAACGAUGGCAGUAGCCCCGAUGACUCACAGGAGUACUAUCCCAUGACAACAUCAAUGACUAGAGAAUUAAGACUGGAAUUAGAACAUUUGGAUCGUCAGGUUUUCGGUCCUUCAUACAUAAACAGAUGUAGUAUGAUAUGCGACACCCCCUCAGAUUCUACUAGCACCGAUGAUAAACUAACACAUGACUGUACCGAAGUCCGACAAGACACCAUAGGCGUGCGGCCUGCAAUUCCAGAAUUAUUAGAAAAUAUAAAAAAAUCGCCUUUACUCGACACUGGUAGGUCUAAUGCUAGAAGUGCUGAAGAUAUUUAUCUUUGGGAAAAUCCAUUACACAGGAACACUCCAACGACGCGCACUACCGCAAGUUGUCCACAAACACCUGACGAACAGGCUGAGCUCGACUUUGACGGUGACACGGGCGAAAUUUUUGAAGAACAUUCUGGCAAAAAAUCCGUUACACCUAUUAGAUUGUUAAGGAAAAAUCAGUCUUUAGAUCCCCAGGAACCUAAACAUUCUAGUAUACAUUCCAGCGAAUCAGAGUCUUCUGAAAAAGAUGUAAUAGAAUCAGAAACGGAUAGUGUAAAAAACAGUCAAGAACAGAUUAAUACCUCUAGGUCUCAAAAGUUUUUUUCUAGCAUGUCACAAGAAUUGGAAAAUGCGAAAAGAAAUUGCGAAUCUCUUUUAAAUGCUAAACAGUCAAAUUUACAUAGUGUAGCCUCUACUAUUAAUAAUUUUCAGAAAAAAUAUGAGGCAUUUAAACCGCCGAUACAAAAAACUGCUAGUGUCUCUUCGGUGACCAGCGACGGCUCUACCAAGAGCAGCGUUAGCAGCUUGCCGCCUCCAACGCUAUUUGGAGGGGGCAAUCCGUUUCUCAUGUUCUUAUGUUUGACUGUAUUAUUACAACAUAGAGAUUAUAUUAUGAGAAAUCGUAUGGAUUAUAACGAACUAGCCAUGCAUUUCGACAAAAUGGUUCGUAAACACAAUGUGAACAGGGUACUGAACCAGGCGCGGCAAAUGUAUGCUAUGUAUUUAAAACAACAAGCACAUAAGACUGGUGAUUUAACUACUUAA